AUGACUGGCUCUAUCGCUCUCACAAGCGCGGCCAACAAAGACACAUCAACGAUCCAGUCCGAAUCAGGCUCCGGCAGCUCAGGAGGACCUAAUCUCCCAGGGCCAGCGCCCCUGACGACCGAGGAGAAGAAGACCGAGAACCUGGCGAGAGUUGCUCGCAAUCUCCUUUUGCAGCAGCGCAGAGAUGCGCAGGAGACUAACGUUCCCGCUGAUGAACCGCUUCUCCACAUUAUAUCCCGUCCUUCCACUCCCACCCCUAUGUUACCUCCCACACCCUUUUCUUCGGCUAAUAAUUGUGUUGGUCUCCUUUCCGCAUUCUCUCAAUUCUCCCCGGGUUCCCAGAAAAAAGUCCAAACCCUGAUUAAUUCCUCGCUACCUUUACCUACUAAUGCACUCCCUGAUUCCGUCCCAAAAUUACUUUUCUCUAUCGAACGUGAACGCCCGUCCUCUUCCACUUCCCACACUCAGAGCUUCGGUAUACAUCCCUUUAUCCUUAACCUCGGACACAAUGGAGUACACAUUCCGUUAUCAUUAUUUACCACUUCCACUACAAACAAAUUACAUAAUCACGCCACCUCCAUCAAGCAGAACAUCAUUUAUAAUUCUAGCGGCACAAAAUGUCACCUAAUGGAUCUCACGCAAUUUCAAGCGGAAUCAGAUAUGGAUGUCGCGGACUGGCACGAAGCCUGGAACUGUUACAAUCUGUUCCUUCGCACACACGCAGACAAAGCAGUGGCUCAGCACGCACACGUUAUUCCAUUUCUCCCGAAGCGCACAACGAGGAUGCAUACCAGCGACGCUUUGAGGCGGUCAAACUGGAAGAACUCAGAACUCAGAUUAUAA